AUGCCUUCCCUAAAUCAUCUAAACCCACCUCCCAACCCGUUCUGGGACUUUGUCGCCAAUCUCGACGAACAUCCGCUCUUUGCAGCAUAUGCACCCAACAACAAUGUGACUGCGGAGCAGCAGCAGCAGCAGCAGCAGCAAUCCAACGAGGCUGCAGGUGCUCAAGAGUCCAGCGAAAAGGCACAAGGCAAGCAGCCUGCUGCUGACGACCCCCCCGUGGUCGACCCUUCCACCGCCACUCCCGGAGCUGCUCAGCCUGAGGGCCAGCGUGGCUUCCCUUUCAGAGGACGGGGUCGUCACCAUGGCCCAUCUGCUGCCGAGCAUGAAGGUCGUCGUGGCCCCGGCUGCCGUGGUCGCGGUGGCUUUGGUGGCUUCAGUGGAAGAGGAGGUCCGUUUGGUGGUCCACACGGGCCUCCCUUCAUGUUCGGCCCCCCACCCUUCUGGACAGGUCCUCGCCACCACUCACACCCACACCGUCAUCAUCAACGCGGCCCACCUCGGGAGCGCGAGGAGCCGACCGGCCAGGGUUUCAACCUGGGCGACUUUCUGAACAGCCUCGGCGAGCGCCUGGGUGUUGAUCUGACGGGAGCCGCGGAGAAUCUUGGUCUGGACAAGUAUAGCGCACCGCCGAGGGGCGAGGACGUCGACUUUGAGCCACGCAGCGACAUCUUCGACACACCUUCCAGCUAUGUCGUUCACCUUUCACUGCCCGGAGCCAAGAAGCAAGACGUCGGUGUUGACUGGGACGGUGAGAACAGUGUUCUCCGUGUCACCGGUGUUGUGCAUCGGCCCGAUGUCGAUGAGCAGAUGCUGGCUCAGCUCGUCGUCAAUGGCCGCAAGAGAGAGAAUGGUGUCUUUGAGAAGGCCAUUCGUCUGGGCACAAAGCGUGACCCUGCUAACAUCGACGUCUCCGGCAUCACUGCCAAGAUGACGGAUGGUGUGCUUGUUGUCAAGGUUCCCAAGGUCGAGCGUGAGAUCCACAAGCGGGAGGUUCCCAUCUCCGGUUCCUCGAGUCCAGCCCACAACGAGAAGGAUCUUCUCUUCGACGCCGACGAGGAGAUGUACGAUGCCCCACGCGAUGCUGUCUCUGCCACUGCUCAGACGAAGCAGACAUCGACCACCGAAAAUGACAAGAGCCUGGAGAACAAGGCAAAGGAGGACGAGGCUAGAGAGGAUCGCUCGGUAACGGCCGGUCGCGAGGAGGACUCGGAGCAAUUGCCUGCCUAUGAGGGCGAGGAAGCAUCUGACAAGAUGAGUGACUGGGAGAAGGACUCUGACGAAGAAGCCGACUAUGUCAAAAUCAAUGUCGACUAA